AUGCACCAAUUUAACUCCUUUGGGAAACAUACUGUAUAUACAAAGAACUCAACAAUAUUUUUAUCAAGGUUAGUGCUAUAUAUAUCAAAACCUACGACCGACUUAAACUCAUUGUUUUCAUAUUUCCCUUAUUGUUCAAUUUUUACUUAUUCAUUCUACCCAAGCCACAAACAUUUCAUAUAUAUAUUUGUACAUAUUUUUGGGGCUUUUCUCAGUCAUUUAAACAUCGUUAUCCACCGAAGAAACUUUCCUUUUCGUCCAAUUCCAUUGAGUGCGAGGAUGAUUAACGCACAUAGAACCGACCAAACGAGUAUUUCACUGAAGGAAAGCAUGCAAUCUCUAUUAGAGAAUUUUCACCAUGUUGUCUCAUCGGAGAAUAAUGACUUGAUAGAAAUACUUGGGAUUGCAAAGCAAUUGAAAACACACUUGCCGCCAAAUGCUCCCUUUACGUUAUCAUCCAUUGCUAGGGGUUUAUACACCAAGAAUAACCAACUUUUAUCCCUCAUCACCAAAGCAACACAAGGUUAUGAGCAUUAUGAGACAGAAAAGUUCAAACAUUUCAUAAAUGAAUUGAUACUAUGGUUCGAGGAUGGUAACAUUGUAUUGUUUGAGAAAUACAUUGUCCAAAUAAAUGCUGUAGCGGUUGAUGAUUCUACGACAUUGAAAAGAUUGAUUACUCCGAUCAACAACUUGAAGAACUAUGCCAACUUUGUCAACAAUUGCACUCUAUACUUGAGAAAUCCAUUUAUACUUGAAAAACUAUCAACAAUUUCAAAACAUUUACGGGCCAUAUAUGACAAUUAUGAGAAUGUUUCACAAUCAAGGGAAUUGAACAACAUUCUGUUUUCUGACAUUCAAUCAUUCACAUCGGUAGUGCUCAAACAAAAGGAGCUUGUGUCAAGCUACUUCAAGGCUGACCAGAUUGUACGGAGAACUGCACACGCUAAUGUUUCACUCAGUGGAGCUCUAAUUGAAUUGUUGCUUCUUGAUUUAAUCGGCACCGGAGACUAUAAUGCGUUGGCAGUUUUGGAUAUCACCAAGGAUAGUCAAUACAAGACACGCAGAACUUUGAAAUAUCCACCCUUCAGAGUCAACGAGUUAUCGUUAUCCCAUUCAAAUCAUACCAUUGACUUGAAGGCUAUAAAUUUCCUGUCAACAGAGAAUCUAGAGGGCUCAAUGCUGAUACAAUUCGAAGAUGAUGUUUUAUGUGAAAAAUGGACCAAGUACCUUUCAAAGUUGUGUCCGUUAGAACGUGAUAACUCUCCAAUGAGUGAAAAAUUUUUGAUACAUUCAGAGUCCAGUUCUUACAACAUGUCGGGGUUAGGAAUUAAUAUUGUGUCUGAUGCUGAACUUGUAACACAAGAGUCCAACAUUCAACAGACGGCUAGCCAUACUUCUUUCAAAGAGCUUUACGAUCCACCAACACCGCCAGCAACGAAACCGAGAGCUAGUUCUGAAUCGAUAAGGUCGCAAUAUGACAAAUCGUUGCCAAUUAUGAAAAAGGUCAUCACUGAGCUGCGCAAUAGUGAAGGUGAUAAUGAUGAAGAUGAAAAGUUGUUUCAAAUUAUAAAUCAAAGGAAAUACUCCGAUGAUUACCUGAAUGAUGAAGAGAGACCAAAAUCUUAUCAAGCAGAAUACUGCUCACCAGAGAGUAUCCAAUCGACAGAUAAUGACAUCAUUGAUGAAAGACCGAUUGAGGGUUCACAAAUGUACCAAAAUAAUGCAACUUCUGCCCCGGAUUUAGGAGCGAAACCAAAAAUGUACCAAUUGUCAACUGGAUCUGCUGUUGAUAUCAGUAACUUUGGAAAGUCACAUCAACCAUCCUUCAAAGGAUAUCCAGAAAAGAAACCGAGAAGAAAGUCAAUCCUAACUUUCUUUAAGAAGUCAUCUAGAGUUGAUUUGAGUGAAUCGCAAGAAACUUUGGCUCAAGAAAAAGCGCAGCUGCAAUCAAGUCCAGUUGGCGACAAUCAAACAAAUAUAACCGAGACUGACCCGAAUCCAGAAAAAAUUAUUACCAGAUCGGUUUCUACCAUCCCAGCACCAUUUGCUUUGCCAUCUUCAACAUCUACAUACUUUUUCAAACCGCAUAUCAAUGCAUCAGUGACUAGUAUUACCAAACAGGAUGAUUUAAUUAUACCAGCAGAAUUGAAAGAUGCCAUCAACCUGGACAAAACAUCUGAUGAAUAUAUUUCAGAGUCUUCGCCCAAAGCGAUCAAAAUUUCCAAAUGGAAACCACAAUAUGGAAAAUGGGAGAUGGUUACCGCUGCUGAACAUGUCUUCGUGAAAAUUGCUAUUAAUCAAGAGGCACAAAAAGGUUGGUUUCUCGUAUUCAAGGAAGAAUAUGAUGAAGAUAUUGAAGAUAUUAUAGAUAAGCCAGUGUUGUUACUUGAUAUCAAUUCAACCACAGACGUCAGAUCAUCUUCAGGGUCCGAUCUACAAAUCCAAUCAAAGAAUUCAAUUAAUAACGAAACGAUGCAAAUAAUGAUCAGAUGCUCAAAAGGGGCACUCAUUUCGGAAAUUGCAAGCAAUCUCCAAAGCUCCAUCAAUUCUAUCACUAAAACGACUCGGAAUCACCAUUCGUUGAAUUCCGCCAAGUUGCUCUCAAGUGAAACAUUGUCUUCAUCGUUGAUGGACAAUCCCAGCAAAUCAUCCACCUUCACUAGCUUGAGCUCAUUUUCCAAUUCAAUCAACGCGGACGACUUGUCCCAGGCAUGUAUAUUAAACAAUCCUAAUGCAAUCCACACCAGACAAAUUGAGAUGACUAUUCGUUUGCAAAAACAGCUACACUCCUACUCCCAGAGAAACAGUCCAUCUUCGUGGAAGAUAAUGUCAAUGAUGGAUUUGUGUGUGGACAGGAUUAUUGAUCAUCAGCAAGUUGUGUAUCGUUUACGGUUGAGUAGUGCCAGUGAUGCUAUUAGUUGGGUAAUUGCUGAUGAUAGAAAGAGUGAAACUAUUGAGAAAAUAGGUAAGGCUGGAUUAUUGAUCAAGAUCAGUGAUAAUGAGAUCUACAUGCUUGAAUGUAGAGGAAAGAAGGAGUUUAAACAAUUGUAUGAAAUAUUUUAA